AUGCACAGUAAAGAUCAAAUCAGUCACAAAGACUACCAAAGGACAGCGGACUGGCUGUUAUCCAAAACACAGCACAGACCCAAGGUGGCUGUCAUCUGUGGUUCCGGACUGGGCAUGCUGGCCGAUGCCCUACAGAACCAAGACACCUUCAAGUACUCUGAUAUUCCCGGAUUUCCUCAAAGCACAGUGGAGGGUCAUGCUGGAAAGCUGGUAUUUGGUGAGCUUAAAGGAAGGACAUGUGUUUGCAUGCAGGGUCGAUUUCACAUGUAUGAAGGACACUCUUUGUGUAAGGUCACUUUCCCUGUGAGAGUUUUUAAGAUUUUAGGUGUGGAGACUCUGAUUGUCACGAAUGCUGCAGGGUCCUUAGCCGAUAACUAUCACUGCGGUGACAUUAUGAUAAUCCGAGAUCACAUCAAUUUCCCUGGACUUGCUGGUUUAAACCCACUGAACGGCCCAAACGAUGACAAGUUUGGACCUCGCUUUCCACCAAUGUCUGGUGUUUAUGAUAAAGAGCUGCGAAAGCUGGCGUUUGACAUCUGUAAGAGCAUGGGUGUGUCUCAGUAUGUCCAGGAGGGUGUGUACUGCAUGGUGGGUGGGCCCAACUUCGAGAGCAUAGCAGAAGCCCGGCUUCUGCACAAACUGGGUGUGGAUGCAGUGGGCAUGAGCACAGCCCCUGAAGUCCUGGUAGCCAGCCACUGUGGCAUGCGUGUCUUUGGCCUCUCCCUCAUCACCAAUAAAGUGGUAAAGACCUACGAGGACCCUGAAACCACCAAUCAUGAAGCUGUACUGGAGGUGGGCAAAAUGCGUUCGGAAAUGCUGCAGAAACUCAUCACUCAGCUAAUCAGCAAUAUGGACAUCAAUAACAACGAGGCUUGACUGUUAUA